CAGAUUCUUCUGUCCGCGCGGCGCGCUCCUCAAGCGCUCAGUCUCAGACAAGCACAGGCACAUGUAACAUGGCUGAGGAGAUACAUACCGGUCAUUCCCCGGAUUUAGACAACGCUCGAGAGCACGGGAUGAACAUGCAUAAGCGCCAAUCGCGCGUUACGGUAAAAUACAACCGCAAACAGCUUCAGAAAAGGUUGGACGUGGAGAAAUGGAUCGACGAAGGGCUGGACAAGCUGUACGAGGGAAAGGACAUGCCAGAAGAAGUGAACAUUGAUGAUUUGUUGGAUCUCCCAAGUGAUGAAGAGCGAACACACAAACUACAGGUUCUUCUGCAGACCUGCACCAGCAGUACUGAGGCUUUUAUUGCUGAGCUGUUGCAGAAGCUGCAUGGUCUCCAUAAACAGGAAGAGCUGCAGAAUGAAGGAAUUGAGCAUCCCUGUCUCCACACUUAUCCCCAUCACCAUGGCAACAUCCAUCAUCACGGAGGCAACCAUCAACUUCCAACACAUCAGACACUGUGAUUGCAUCCAGUUUGGAUAAUUGCGCUCACUGGACUGAGCUCCCUAACACAGACUCAGGACACACAUAUGAUGCAUCCAACUAGUUUAGCAACUCUGUAACUGUGAGGUGUUUGUUUACAAACUCAUAAGAGUGGUAUAUUAACAGUGUUCAGUUGUAAAAUUCCUCAUCACUGUUGGUAAGUAAAUCUAUGCAGUAGUAUUAAUUUGUUUGCAGGGUUCUUGGUUGCUUGACUCGGUUAGGAUUGAUUAGUGAAACUAGCAGUAUGCAAGUUUAAUCUGGUCAUAUUUGUUGUUUUCGGGUAUCUUCGUCCCCACAAAUUCACAAUACUAUACUAAAACAUGUUAACAAUCACAAGAAAGUGCCAAAUCCAAGUAGUCACUAUAUAUAUGGACAUAUUGUCACAGUUAAUCAUGUUUAUAAAUUGAAGAUUUCAUGCAAUAAAUGUUUAACAAAAGUAACAAUUAUUUUGAAUUUGUGUGUGGUGUUAAUGGCAGGUGAAAGUGAGCAUCUCCGUAUCAUCCACCAGAGGGAGAAGUAAUACAGAGGCAGACACACGCCCUUCUGUCCGAAUUUUAGUGCCUCUCACCUCUAGAUACACACUAAAGAGCUAGGUCUACGUGACACUAAGGCAGGUAUUGAUGGUGGUGCCUUCUAUUUAUGUCUGUGUUUUUGCUUCUUCAGCUCAGUGCAAAAAUACGAAAGUAGUUGUAUUUGUUUUUGUUUUUUAGGUUAUGCAAAAAUUGUCUGUAAAGAUUCUUAAUUAUCCAGGUCAUAGAAUGUUCUAGUACAGUGGUUCUCAACCU